UGUGGGAGCCAGUGCUGUUCGGAACCUGGGAUGGUGUGUUCACAUCCUGCAUGAUCAACAUUUUUGGGGUUGUCCUUUUCUUGAGGACUGGCUGGCUGGUGGGAAACACAGGCGUGCCCCUGGGCAUGCUGCUGGUGUCCUCUAUCGUCCUCGUGGCCCUCGUCACUGUGCUGUCUGGCAUUGGCCUUGGGGAGCAUGGCCGUGUGGGCAGUGGCGGCGUCUACUCCAUGAUCUCCUCCGUCCUCGGCGGGCAGACAGGAGGCACCAUUGGGUUGCUCUAUGUGUUUGGACAGUGUGUUGCAGGAGCCAUGUACAUCACCGGCUUUGCUGAAUCCAUCUCCGAUCUGCUGAGUCUCAGGAACAUCUGGGCCGUGCGAGGAAUUUCAGUUGCUGUACUUCUGGCCUUGCUGGGGAUCAACCUAGCAGGGGUCAAAUGGAUCAUCCGCCUCCAGCUCCUGCUGCUGUUCCUGCUGGCUGUGUCCACUCUAGACUUUGUAGUGGGCUCUUUCACACACCUGGAUCCCGCACAUGGUUUUAUCGGCUAUUCCCCAGAACUGCUACAGAACAACACCCUGCCAGACUACAGCCCCGGGGAGUCUUUUUCCACUGUAUUUGGGGUGUUCUUCCCAGCAGCUACUGGAGUCAUGGCCGGCUUCAACAUGGGAGGUGACCUCCGGGAGCCUGCUGCCAGCAUCCCCCUGGGCUCCCUAGCAGCUGUUGGCAUCUCGUGGUUUCUGUACAUCAUCUUCACCUUCUUGCUCGGUGCCACCUGCACCCGAGAUGCCCUUCGCUCUGACUUCCUCAUAGCCCAAAAGAGAGGGCCAAAUAAAACACCUGUAGCAGCCAUCUGCCUGAGCAGCGUGGUGACCUUGGCCUUUGUCCUUGUGGGUCAGGUAAAUGCUCUAGCGCCCAUUGUCACUGUCAUCUUCAUGAUGACAUACAUAGCAGUGGACUACUCUUACUUCUCCCUGUCCAUGUGUCACUGCCACUCCCCUCCAGUACCAGAGCCGGGGCUCAGAGAGAACUCAGAGCAAGUCCACUGCUCUGAGCAGCUGCUGUUGGAGAAAGCUCCUAGCUCUGGCUUUGAGGGCCCUGCCAGAAGUGUCUCGGAGGGCACUCUGCUCGAAUUCACCAAGGACAUGGAUCAGCUCCUCCAGCUGACCAGAAAACUUGAGAGUAGCCAGUCUAGGCUCGGAGAGGAUAACAGGACCCCAGAGAAUCAGAAGAGGAAAAGCAAGAAGGCCACCAAGCAAACCCUACAAGAAAGCUUCCUCUUGGAUAUCGAGUCCUCUCCUUCCUUCCCUAUGGAGAACUCCAAUGGGUCACCCACUGCCUCUUGGGAAGGGUGGAAGCCCUACCAGAACAAGCAGAUUGCCAGGAGUGAAGGAACUCGUCCUGAAGGAGCACCCAGGCAGCAGCCUGACCCUUUGCUGUGCAGCCAGCCCGGGGCGAGGGGAGAUUUCUUCCUGAAAUCCAAACUCCAGGAACAAGAGAUCCAGAGAUCAACUUCUUUCUACACCCGAAUUUGCAACCCCUGGGUCUCUUUGUUAGGGGCUGUCGGGUCCCUUCUCAUCAUGGUUGUGACUCAGUGGGUCUAUACCCUGGUCAGCAUGGGUAUUGCUGCCCUCAUGUAUUUCUACAUUGGCCAGGCCAGUCCAGGGCUUCACCUUGGAUCAGCGUCCAACUUCAGCUUUUUCCAAUGGAUGAAGUCUCUUCUGAUCCCUGCCUGCAGGACUGGGCGGGCCCCCCGGGAGCAGAUCAUUUUGGCACCGUCCCUGGCCAGGGUUGACAUGGCGACGACUCAGCUCACCCAGGAGAAUGCAGACUUUGCCUCUCGGGACCGCUACCACCACUCCUCCCUCGUGAGUCGGGAACAGCUGAUGCCUCCUUUCUAGAAGCUGCCCUGCUCCACGGCAUGUCCUCCCACUGGCUCGCUAGACAGCAGAAAUUGCCCCUGCUCUGCAGUGCCACGUCCAUCCUAGGGCAGGUGGCCUUCCGAGUGGCAGUGGCUUCUUCCUCGUGGCGCCUCGCCUGCAGAGCUCCAUCUGGGACUCCAGGAUGACCACCCAUGCAGAACCAGAGCCAGCUUGUUUGUGCAGAGGGCCACAAUAA